UUUAUUUAUAUUUGAUCAGUGGCAUACAUUAUAAAAAUUCAUAAUAUUAGAAAACAUGUAUUUUUUUGGCUCACACAAAAAACACUUAUUCAGCGAAAAUUCAAAAGUUAUUCUAUUUUUUGCAUUUUUGACUCGAGUACAUGUCAUAGGUUAAUUUUGGUGUAAAUUUACAUGAACUCAUCCUUUAUUUAAGUUUUGAAGUAAUAGUAAACUUUUUUGGCAUUAAGUCUGAACUUUUAUAACUUACUACAUUAAACAGGAUGUUCAGUAAGUAAGGGAACAGGUCAGUUGUUACAAACAAUGGGAACAAUAGAAACCCGUUUCCUUACUUACUGAUCAUUCUAUAUAUUAAAUUAUUUCUUAUUAGUUUUUUUUAUAAGUCAAAGACAAGUAACUUUAGCUUAAGUACUAAUAUAAGUAAUUUAAAUCAAGAGUUGAAAUAAAUGUAUUGCUUAUGAUGGUAUCAAGUAUGCACUCAAUACCCAAAACUAAAUCCAAAACACAUUUCAACCAAACAUAAGUUGUUAUUUUUUAAAUAGUGACACUAUUUUAUAUUUUAAAUGCAAAUAUUGGUUUUAUUUUUACAGCAAAUGAACGAAUCCUCGCUUUUAUUCACAAUGAUAGGAAGUUGCGUAUCUAUUGAUUACCAUAUCAAUGGUGACUUAGUUAUAACUGCUAAUCCUUUGGUUAAUAGCAUUAAACAAAUAAAUCAAAGUAUUUUAGAUGUAUUAUGCUGUAAAUCGAAUAAUGCAGCCAUUGACUGGUUACAUGGAUUAAUUUUCUUUUCUCUUCAAAAUUCCUUCAAAAUUGAAGUAAUAUCAUUAAAUGGUAAAUUUAGACAUUCUUUGACCGACAAAAAAAUACACCAACCUAGAGAUAUUACAGCGAUUCCAACUAAACGGAUGAUCAUUUGGAUUGAUUAUGUAGAAGAGAAUCCGGUAUUGCAAAUCAUGGACAUGGAUGGUACAAAUAGGAGAAUAUUAGUUAAAGAUAAUAUAAUUACUCCUUCUGGAAUAGCUGUGGAUUUAUCUAGUGACACAGUUUACUGGGCAGAUAUUAGCUUACGAGCCAUUUUUUGUAUUUCUUUGAAUGGAAAUAACCGCCGAACAGUAAUUAAAAGAAAAUUAUCUGAUCCCUCCGGGCUAGCCAUCGUUGAUCAACAUCUUUACUGGGUAGAUUGGUACACAAAAAGUAUUCAAUCUGCUAAUAAGGAAACUGGCGAGGACUUAAAAAUCAUUAGGAAAGGUCUUGGUUCUGCCAUUAAAAUUAAACGUCAAAGUCCUAUUUUUAACAGACUUCAUCAAAGUUUUGUUCCGGAAAUUAUUAAUAGUUGUGGCGUAAAUAAUGGCAAUUGCUCUCACAUAUGUUUGCCCAUGAAUACUAGUUUUAUAUGUAAAUGUCCUUAUGAUUUGAAGCUUGCUAAUGACAGUCGUACAUGUGAAACAACAAAUGAAAUAUUUAUUUUAAUGAAUGGCGUUGAUAGAUUGCAAAUAAUAAAACUAAAUAACUUAACUUACACUCAUGACGAAAUAAUACAAUUAAACCUCUCUCAAUCAACUUCAAAAGUUGAUUGGGACAAUGGUUUUAUAUUUUGGUCUGACCCUUGCAAACAGGUUAUUUCCAAAAUUGAAACCAUUUCAUCAAAAAUCAACAUAAUUAUAAAUCAUAGAGUUGUAUCUCCUUCGGGAUUAGCGGUUGAUUGGAUAACAAAAAAAUUGUAUUUUACUGAUUCUGUUGAAAAUACCAUCGAAGUAACUGACUAUGAAGGUCAAAAUAGAACUAUUGUUAUAUGGGAAAAGCUUGAAUCGCCGAGGUCACUAGUUUUAGACCCAUCGACGAGGUAUAUGUACUGGAUAAGUACACAUGAGGCUAAACCAAAGAUAGAAAUGGCUGGUAUGGAUGGUUGUUGUCGAAACACAUUCUUUGAAGGUAAUUUAAAAAAUCCAGUUAGUCUAACGAUCGACAUGUUCACAAGGACAUUAUAUUGGGUGGAUGUUGAAAAACGUACAAUAGAGUCCUUUCCGCUAGACAAAAAAAACAAAAAUGAAAAUAGCACAAUCAUUCUGCAGUUUAAUUCAACAAUGAGUCCUCAUGGUCUUGCUGUGAAUAAAUACUAUUUAUAUUGGACCGAUACAAAUACGAAUACCAUGUAUAAAAUGAAUAAAACACAAAAUUCACAAGUUACAAUUGACGUUAUACGACAAAACAUAACAGGAUUUAAGGAUAUCCAAAUAUUUAAUGAUAGACAAUAUAUAGCUCAUUCUUUUUGUCACUUUAACAAUGGAGGUUGUUCACACAUAUGCCUAUCAUCACCAUUACGUAAUCGUCGAUCUUGUGCAUGUCCAAUAGGGUACACUCUUGAGCCACAAAACAAAAAGAAAUGUGUCAUAUUUCCUUCCAAGUUCAUUUUAAUGGCUCAUUCCUCGAAAAUUCAUAUGCUAUCAUUUGAUACACCUUACUUUAAAGAUACAAUACUACCUAUAAAAAAUCUAAAAUCUGUAAGUCUAAUUGGCAUGGACAAUAUCAAAGGUGACGUAUACUGGAUAGAUUCUGUUACUUCAGCCAUAUUCAAAGUAAACGUGCAAAAUUUCAGUAAUACUGAACUUGUAUUAAGUAAUAAUAUUUAUCAACCGGAAAGCUUAGCCAUAGAUCCGAUGGGUCGGAGAUCUAGCUUAGCUUCAAUUUAUUGGUCAGAUUAUAAUAGAGGAACUAUUGAAGUAGUAGACUCAGAUGGACGCAAUAGACUUAUUUUAGUUACAAAUAUCAUAGGAAAUGUAAGAUCACUUGCAGUUUACCCAGACUUCAGUUUUUUGUACUGGUGUACUUAUAGUAAAGUAGGCAAAAUCGAACGCGUUGAUUUUGAUGGCUCAAAUAGGACUCUUAUACGAAGCAGUGAAAAACUAGCUAGUUGGCCAAUUGGUUUUAGUAUUGAUAAAAAAAAUAAUAGGCUAUAUUGGACUGACAAUUAUUUUGAUACUUUGCAAUCGACAAAAUUAGAUGGCAGUGAUUGGAUGACUGAAGUCACUGGAAAUAAGUAUCCAUUUGGUGUACCUUUUAAAGAAAAUAUGUCAUUUUGGUUUGAUAUAAACACUAAUCAAUUGGUGAAAUCUAAUCAAAUUCAAAGUAAAUAUGUUCAAUCAACGAUAAAUUAUCUUUAUUGGGUUUUUGAUAUCAAGUAUUACGAGCUUUAUAAAACUAAUCCAGAUAUUGUCAACGUCUGUGACAUUGAUAAUGGAGGAUGCUCACAUAUUUGCAUGCGAAAUUCUCGUGGUUUCAAAUGUACAUGCCCCAUUGGAAUGUCACUUAAUCCUCAUACAAUUUUAUGUGAAGUUGAAACAGGUGAUCAAAUUUUAUAUGCUGCUAAGUCAGAAAUUGGUUUAAUUCUUUUAGAUGGUAGCAAUAGUCUACUUACACAAACGUUGAAUAUAUCAGGGGCCAAAAAUUUAAUAAAUUUAGAUUUUCACUGGAAUCAAAAAUUAAUUUAUUACAACGAUAUUGAACUCAAACAAAUUCGGUCUGUUAGUAUGAUUGAACCUCAUAAUGAAAAAGCGAUUAUUAAUGAACAUAUACGAACUUUGAAUAAUAUUGCUGUCGAUUGGAUAGCCAAUAAUUUAUACUUUACUGAUUCAAUAGAAGGAAUUAUCGAAGUCUCAAAACUUGAUGGAUCUUGUAGACGUAUAAUUAUACACGAACCUAAUGAAGAACCUUGGUCCAUAGCAGUUCAUCCUACUCUAGGUUACAUAUUUUGGAGUGAUUGGGGAACAGUUCCAAAAAUAGUCAAAUCCUUGACAGAUGGUUCUCAUAGAGAAGUUGUGCUGCAAUCAUUCAUUAAUUUUGCAAACAGUUUAACUAUUGAUUAUGUAGCAAAUUUGAUUUAUUGGACUGAUGGUGUAACAAAUAAUCUCGAAAGAUGCGACUUUGAAGGAAAAAACCGUGAAAUACUCAUUUAUAAUAACGUCCGUCCAUUUGGUAUAGGUUUAUUGGAUAAUAGUAUAUUCUUCUUCAACUGGUUUACUUUACAAUUGGAACAGAGAGACUUGGAUGCUUACUCAUUUGAAGCAAGAAUGGAUACUAAUAAAAAAGAACCGAUAGACAUCAAAGUAAUUUCAUCCUCAAGACAACGUGGUUGGAAUCCAUGUGCAGUCAAUAACGGAUAUUGUACCCAUCUUUGUCUAUAUUUGGGAAGAGACAAACAUUAUAUUUGUGAAUGUCCUGAUAAAACAGACGGCCGUGAUUGCAGUUUAAAACCAUUGAAAGUCGUAGAAGAUAUUAAUGAUAAUGAAGAUCAAUAUCAAAACUGCUUAAGCCUUUUAAAGUUUAUUUGGAAAGCAAUGAUGUUCAAGUAUACUUUAUUAAGCUUUGGUGUCUUAUUAAUUGUUCUGGGAUGGAUGUUUACGAAGCAGUUCUGGAUCAAUGUCAUUAAUUUUUAUUACGAAGAAGAUAUGAACGAAGUAGCUCUAUAACUAAGUUGAAGAAAACAUCAAUCAGUCACUUCUGUACACACACUGUCAACAAAAUCUACUAUAUAACAUAUUAACCUAUUGAUAUUUUUACUACUUAAAGGUUCCUACAAAAUUGUGUUACGUAUCUUAGUAAUGUUAGAAUACAACGGCGGUUAGAAGGCAAAUUGGUUUAAGCGCCCCUAAUUAAUUUUUUUAGUAAAAUCAAAGAGCGUAUUAUAAUUUACAUUGUUGUUUGUUAUAACAAAGAAAUUGAUUUUAUUAUUUUUGUCAAUUAAUAUGACCAAUACUGAUGUUAAAAGCCGUAUUCAAAAUAUUUUCUGCUAAUAACAAUUAGUCUUCUAAUUAUCGUUUUAUGAAAUAACAUAAGAAUAACUAAUAUAUAGAAUGUAAUAUUAUAAAGAAUAUAUAAGUAGACAUUUUAAGAGAUUCUCAUUUUAAAGUACCAGGAAAUAAUAUUUUAUCAAUAAAGUGUUGGUUCUUCUCAUAUACACUAAACGCAUCAACUAUCACUUGUUUUCAAUAAAACGAGCGAUGUUGUUAAAAUUGCUAAAAAAUUUGCAUUUCAAUAAAUGAAAUUUUUAACCGUUUAAGUUAAAUCAAAAAUUAUUUUUAAAAUUAAAACUAAAUAAGUAAAGUAGUUACUUAAAAAUUACUGUUCAAUGUUAUAAGGAUAUUUUCAUUCUAAAUAUAUUUAAAAUAUCUAUAAAAAUCGUACCAAUAAUUCUCAAUUUUGAAUAAUACGUUUCUUUAUUUUAAGGCCCUCAUACAUUUUAAUUUAAAAUAAAUUAAUAAAGCCAAAAUUAAUUAAAUUAAUUAAUUUAAAAUACUUAUUCCUAAUUAAAAAUUAAGUGGGAUUUAUGUAAGCCAGUAUAGGAUCAUAAAAAUAAAUGUCAGGCAAGACUUAAAUAUCAUCGGGUUAGCUCCACUAUUAGAUUAGUUAUUUAUACUUUUCAAAACAUUAACAAUAAUUUUAACUAAGUUUACAAUAGGUUAGGUGUCAGGUUUUUAUGUUUUGUUAUAAAUAUGUGUGUUGGUAGACGUAAGUAGAUCUUAAGUAUUUUUGAUGAAUUUAUCGGUUUAGCCAUUUUCGACUUUAGUCUAAAUGAUGAUACAUUUUUUCAAAAAUAGCAUUGCUUGUCAUUUUGUUUAAAUAAUGAUUAUUUUACUUAACUUUUUAAUAGGAAAUUCUAAAAAAUAAUUGUUCAAUUGUAAUUGAAAAAUAUUUUUUUAUUUAUUGGUAAGGCUCAAGUUUAUUAUUUACCAGAACCGUCAACUACAUUAUGAUUUUUAUAAAUUUUCGCAUAUUUUUAACUUAACACAUUUUAAAAUACAAUUUACAAUUUUUAUUUAAUACAUAUUUAUGGACAUUUCGUUUUAUUAUUUAUGCUACUUUUACAUCCAUAAUACGUAGACUUAAAAGUCGAUUGACUAAACCGAAUUAAUUAUCAGGCAAUCGUGAAAUGUACCUAAUAUAUUUGCGUUAUACAUACGUUAUAAUGAGCCCCAACGUAAGAAAAUAACGCAAAUAUACAAGUAGUCUAUAUAAUUUUAAAUAUUAAUUACAUUCUAAUGUUUAAUAUAUUGUAUUAAGAUUUUGAUUAAUUUAUAGAGAUUGCGUGCGAUUCUAAAUAUUUAGUAAACAAUUUUGUGUGAAUUAUUGUCUUUCUAUUUGGCGUGUUUUAGAAAAUAUAUUUUAUUCUAGAGAUAUAAUUGGUUAAAUUUAAUUAAGUUCCAUAAAUUAUAAUUAUAAUU